UAUCACUUUGUUUGAAAAAGAACGAUGAUCACACUCUUUGUUGCUCUUUGUCUCUUAACAUCAGUGAAACCUUCUAACAUCUAGAAGAGUCAAGUUAAAAAAACUAAAGAGUGGAGAAGAUGUUAAUAUAAAAUGUGGUGUGUCCAGUGACAAAGAUUACAUUGGUUGGUUCCAGCUCUGAGUUUUGGAUGAAAAAUUGUGAUGAAAAAUUGUUCAAUCUCGACAUUACAAAUGUGAAAGAAGAGGAUACAGGAACAUACUUCUGUGUAGAAAUGCUGGGCACUUCACCAGACUUUACAUCUGGAACCCUUUUGGUUGUUGAAGAUGAGGAGACAAAACAAAUUCCUCCAGCUGUAAAGGUGUUGGAGAACGGAGAGUCGCUCACACUCCAGUGUUCAGUACAAGCCAUUACUUCAAGCUGUGAAGAACCGAGCGUGUACUGGUUCAGACACGGCUCAGGAGAAUCUGAUCCAGGAAUCAUUUACACUCAUGGAAACACCAGUGAUGAGUGUAAGAAGAGCUCUGAGGCUGGUUCUCCUCCACAGAGCUGUGUCUACACUCUCCCCAAGAGGAAGCUCACAACCUCUGGUAAAGAAAUGCUCUACUGUGCUGUGGCUGAGUGUGGACAAAUCCUCUUCGGGAAUGGAAAUAAAGCUGCAGAUACAAUAAAUAUGCAGUGGAUUGUUGUCUUAACAAUCUCCAAUGUAAUAUGUGUUAUCGUGAUCAUUGCUCUGCUCAGACAUUUACUUAAACUACAAAAAGGUUUGUUUACUUUUAUUAUGAUUUUAAAAUCAUAAAAAUCAGUAUCACAAACAAU